GCGGCGCGGUAUUCGCGCACGGCGAGGGUGAAUACGCUGAAAACGACGGUGGAUGAAGCGAUGGAGGCGUUUCGAGAGGAUGGAUACGAGUGCGCGGUGGAUUCUUUGAUCGAUACGCUGUUGGUUUUUCCCGCGGGGACGGAUUUGCACGCGCACAAACUCGUAAAGACGGGCGCGGUGGUUUUGCAAGGACGGGCGAGUUGCUUACCGGCCGUUGCGUUAGCGCCCGAACGCGGGUGGGCGUGCAUUGACGGUUGUGCCGCGCCUGGGAAUAAGACGACGCAGUUGGCGGCGUUGGUCGGGCGUGAGGGUGGAGUGUACGCAUUCGACGCCGACGCGAGACGAUUGAAGCGAUUGAAGGAGAACGCGGCGACGACGGGGAGUCAAGGGAUUAUUCGAGCAAAGUGCCAAGACUUUCUCACGGUGGAUCCAGGUAACACCGUGUACGCAAGCGUGCGAGCGCUGUUACUCGAUCCAUCGUGCUCGGGGUCGGGAACGGAGGUCAAUCGCGGAGAUAUCAUGCUCCGCGACGCCUUAGAUGAAGACGACGUGGAAGAAAUCGACGCCGAAGCCGACGCCGACGAAGAGCGCGUCGACAAGCUCGCUGCGUUUCAAAAGUCAGUAUUAAAACACGCGUUCUGUUUCCCCGAAGUCGAGCGCGUGUCGUACAGCACAUGCAGCGUGCACGAGAAGGAAAACGAAGAAGUUGUUCGCGACGUCAUGGACGUUGCCGUGGAACACGGUUUUAAGCUUGCCCACGCGCUUCCAAAGUGGCAUCGCAGAGGUAUCGCCAUCGACGGAUUGUCCACCGAGGACGCGCGAUGCCUCAUUCGAGCCGAUCCGAUCGAAGACGACAUGGAGGGGUUUUUUGUCGCCAUCUUUGAGCGA